ACGUGAUAUCUAUGCCGGCGCUUCCUGGUCGGAUGACGUUUUCCAACAAGGUUGUAGGUAAUGUUUCGUAGAGUUUAGACUUUCUGAAAAAGAAUUCCGAUAAAUAUGUGGCCUUUCCGAUCACUCGUAUUUUCCUUUCCCCCCACUUAAAAAACGGCGGCGCCCUGGACGACAGAGAAGAACGAAUAGAAGAAGAGCGACAAGGCCAAGAAUUAUGGACUGUAAAAAAAAUAAUCCCACUGAAAUCGAUAUCUGAAACGAGGUUUAGACGCUGACUAGCUCCCACUUGGAGUUAUUGUGAAGAAUGGAGUUGUCUCAAAGAGACAGGCUUUCAGAACUUGUGGAGGAGCUUACCACCUCUGGACAGCUGCAACUCUGCAAGGAAAAAACAAAGGAAAUCAAGAAGAUAUGCAAGGAGUCUAUCGACUGCAUAAAUCAUGCAUACCACUCAAUAAUGUCCCAGCUCAACCAGGACCAUGCUGAAAUCCGUCUGGCAGCCUUCCAUUUGGCAAGUGAGCUUUUCCCUAAAUCACAUCACUUCAGAACACUCCUGGUGGACAACUUCCAGGAGUUCUUGGAGUUAACAGUUGAGACUAACUUCGAGCGGCCUCUACCCCCGCCUCAACCCGUCGCCAGAAAACUUCGGUCGCUCGCUGUCCAGACUAUCCAGUCCUGGCAAUCCUCUUAUGGGUCGGCUUAUAAGAAGUUGGAGCUGGGAUUUCACUUCCUCAAACAGUUCAAAAAGGUGGACUUUCAGGAUGCUGAGGCCAGGACAAUAGCAGAGCGGGCAAGAGAGGCAGAGCGACAAAGGAAAAUGGAGAGGAUAUACAAAGAAAGACUGGAAGCAGCAAUUAGAGACCUGGAAGACUCCAGCACAGAUAUCGAAGUGGCCUUGAAAGAAUUAGACUCCUGUUUGAUGCUGCUUCUCCCUCAGUUUUCCCUUCUCGACAGCCACACAGUUAACCUACCCACACAAACUAGCGCUGGAUGUUUGUUAGAAGAUGAGCACCCUUGCUGUAGCAAAAACUUGAUGAAUGACACAACAGAUCAGAUAAAAGAGAGCAAGGAGAUGAGGAGAAAAGGAGAAAGUGACAGUAACAAUGGAGAAGAAUUGGAGAGAAAAAAGAAGAAAAACAAGUGCAAGAGAAGUGAAAUUAAAGAGCUAAACAGUAGGGAUAAACCUGAGAUGGUAAUGGGACAAAGGUAUAAAAUGAAACGCAAUGAGAACGAGGGUAGAUGUAAGGCAGAAGAGGAGGAUCCUCUCCAUGGAGACUCAUUUAUCCGACACUCUGGCCUUAUCUCCCGUUCAUAUUGUCUGGACUUGGACCUUAGUGAUGGUUUUCAUGUCGAGGAGACGGAGGAUAAUGAAGCUGUAGUUUCUACAUUGUUAGAUCUUCAAAGACUACUCAUGACAAAGCACCUACCGGCUGUGCGUCGUUGGGUUCAGAUCUUCACUAGGUCAGGAGCUGAACAACAUUUGUUGACAAGAUCACUGGAUAUAAAAAACUCUCUCGAAGCAUCCCUGCUAAAAUUGAGCGAGUUGAACAUUAAAUCCAAGAGGGGCAUUAAGAAAAUGGCUUCACCAUUUGAAGAAGGUGAUGAUGAUGACACCGAUGAAGAUUUCAUUGAAGUAUCAGAAAAAGAAGGAUAUGAGUCACAUGUCCCUACAAAUCUACAAGUGAAAGAUGGUUUGAGUCCCUCUUCAUCCACUCUGACGGCAUCACAGCGUACCACUACAAACAUAGCAGAAACAUCUUCCCCUGGUUCCCAAGCUUCCACCUCCUACUACAAGAGACUGAAAAGACUGAAAGAAGAUGAGAGGGAUCCAACUUGUGCCGCUGCAACACUCCACCUCCUCCGAAAUAAACUUUCUUUAACUGCAGCACCCAGUAGCUCCUCAGAAGCAUGUUCAACUCAAUCUAACAAUGACCCAUCAACCUCAAAGGCUCCGGUGGUUCCAUUUGGUUUGGAUCUGUAUUACUGGGGCCAGGAGCAGCCUAACUGUGGCAUGAUCACCAAAAUGACUUCUCAGCAUCAGUUCUGGGUACCAGCUGAGGUGGAAGAGGAAGUGCAAAACACAGAGCUGAUGGCUGAGAGCAAAUGCAGAUACAUCUCCUUCCCUGGACAAUUCACUCCUGUUCGCCAUUAUUGCAAUGCACCAUUAGAAAAUGGAAAGCUGUGUAAGAGACAGGACCGAAUAAAGUGCCCUUUCCAUGGGCGGAUUGUCCCGCGAGAUCAGGCGGGUAGGCCAUGCAGCCAGGAGGACCGUCAGAGAGAAGAACAGGAUAGAAGGAACAAAGAAGGAACAAAGAAACAUGACUGGCAUGAUGCAGAGCUGGUUCGAGACAUUGAAAUUCAAACAGGAGAAAACCUGGGCUCUGACAGAAUGGACAAACGGGGUAAAAGAAAGAAGAAAAAGAAAUACCCCAACCUCACCAAUUUGAAUGAAAGCAACAACACAGCAAGAUCUCGGCUUGAGAAGCGGAUAUUCAACAAGAGUGCCAUGCGAAGAGUUGCCCAGGCGAUGACUAAAGCUGACAACAGAAAACAUGAAAAGUUUUCAAACCAGUUUAACUAUGCGCUCAACUGAUCUUCGGAGUUGACCAUCUACAUUAUUUUAAUUUAAAAAAAAAAAAAAAUAAUAAUAAUCACUCUUCCUCUUGCUCAGAAUACGGCAACAUUCACACUUAAUUGAAUUCCUGUAUUUCACUGAUUUCGAAAUUUUUGUGUUCUUGUGCAUAGACUUCAUAAUAUAUUAACAGGAUACGGGGUGCGGUGCUGUUUAAUGGGGGCCUAUCUCCGCCAAAGCUGACCGAGUGGAAACACGAACAAAGCGUUAUACGUUGAAAGUUCUUGUGAAUAAAAGCCUAAAUCCCUGAAUUCUUUAUAGAUAUGGACGUAAAACAGUCCCGAUUCUUGGUUAAAAGUAAACAAACUGGGCAGUCGGCACUUAUUUGACGUAAGUCUGUCGAAUGUGCUGCUGGUCCUUAAGCCACUAUGGCGCCGCUUUAUCACCACAAAGCGCUUUUUACGUUGAAAUCUUUGGGAAAAAUGCUUAAAUCCCUUAAUUCUUUAUAGAUAUCUAUGUAAAACAGCCUCGAUUCUUGGCUAAAAGCAAAAAAAAAAAAAAAACUGGCAGUUACCAUUUCUCAUGUCUCAUUAGACCAGUACUUCUCAAAUGGUGGGGCGCGCCCCCCCAGGGGGGCGCAGAGCGAUGCCAGGGGGGGCGCGAGUGACCUCGGGGAACAUGCUUUUAUUUUUUUUAUUUUUUUUUGCCGUACUAGAAUAAAGUGUACUUGCACAUCCACUCCGUGGGUGGCAGUGGCGCUCUCAUUUUCAAAGUGCGUGCAGUAUUUUUGAAGUAAGCAAGAGCACACGGAAGUAGUGACGAGAUUUGUCGUUCACUUGAGCAAACGAAUCCAUUCCGGUUCGUUCAGUAAAAAGAUUCGUUCAAACAAAUCGUUCAACGAAUCGUUCGCCCCCCUCAUCUCCCUCCCCGCCCAAACGAAUCGUUCGGUUACUGAACGGGAAGUGACGUUGCCGAACGAAUCACCAAAGACCGCUUCGCAGUAUAACUGAACGGGAAGUGACAUUGCUUGGUCCCUCCCUCUCUUCCACAUUGACCACUCGUCGUAGUUUCAGAAAUGAGUGACGGGCGGUAUCAUUCUGCUUUCACAGACAGCCUCGUCUCCCUCCUGCUGCUGCAAAAGCGAGGGAGAACUUCCGCGUCGUCUGUCCUAGUUCUAUGGGCUCAAAGUCAUGGCUCGUGCUUGCAUUUCGAUUUAGGACACGGUUAAACAUUUUCCUUUUGUGAGGGGAGUAGGGGGCGGGGGCGCACAGACUUUCUUUAGCAGGUUCUUGAUCACACAUACAUAUACAGCAUGUUUGCUGUCACGAAAAUAAAAAUACAUCGAAAGUUUAAUUUCUGAAUAUGGAACGACCAACACAUCAUAUUUACAUCUCGCUCUGUUGUAUUUUUGUUUUUUAGUAUUAAGAUGAUCGUGUUGAAUUUUUGCACUGGUAUUAAUAAAUAAAAUAAUCCGGUCAGCUCCCCUGUCGUCCCCGCAUCUCAGAUCGUCAAAUGCUGACGAGAAAUAAUUGUUUGCUCUUUACGAUGUCGCCUUUCUACUCUCAUUAGUCUGUUAAGAAAAAUGUAGACAUAUUGCGACAUCUCCCGUGUCCGCGUGCUUUGUUUUUGGGCGCUUGAGUAGCACAUGAUGGACGGAUUGACAUAAUUUGUCAAACCAACCAACACCUGACACGAAGAAAAAAAAAAAAAACACUCGGAAAAAAAUUACAUGUAUAUACAGUUUCAUUGCAAAUCAGUAUUAUGGUGAUCAUAUUGUUUUUUUGCACUGGUAUUAAUAAAUAAAAUAAUCCGGUCAGCUCCCCUGUCGUCCCCGCAUCUCAGAUCGUCAAAUGCUGACGAGAAAUAAUUGUUUGCUCUUUACGAUGUCGCCUUUCUACUCUCAUUAGUCUGUUAAGAAAAAUGUAGACAUAUUGCGACAUCUCCCGUGUCUGCGUGCAUUGUUUUGGGCGCUUGAGUAGCACAUGAUGGACGGAUUGAUAUAAUUUGUUAAACCAACCAACACCCGACACGCUGACACGAAAAAAAAAAAUAAAACACUCGGGGAAAAAUUGACAUGUAUUUACAGUUUCAUUGCAAAUCAGUAUUAUGGUGAUCAUACUAAAUAUUUUUUUCUGUGCACAUAUGAGGUAAAUAUCGCUGCCAUGAAGCCUCCAUAUAGUGACAGUUCUCUGCCCGCUUCACUGCCGUCACGCGACCGCAUUUCAGCUUUUGCUUGCCUCGUAGCUACCCGUGUUUUAAAUUACUGUAAAUUUGAUAGUAUGUCGUCAUAGGCAGUCACGAGUUUGUUGAGAAAAGUACUACUCUAAACAAUGCUCGCUAGAUUUGUGUGGUGUUUUUGUCUGUUUGAGCAGCAUUUGAUAGGCUCCACGUUAACAAAUAUGUGACAAAGUCAUUUCCUUUCAUUUUCUGAUUCAUUCACCGCAUAGUCAUUACUGGAAAAUCAAGUUAGCAGCAAGCUAGGUCAGGAACCGGAGGACCGAGUCACUGAACGGGAAGUGACAAAACUCAGUCUUGCCCCCCUGCCUGCACGCUGGCUGCUUAUUGGCCACACGCCCUGAUUCUGUUUCCGCUCCCUCCCCUGCCCGCGAUGAGGCUGGCGUCUGAUUGGUCGUGUGCGAUGUCAGAAGACGCUGCCGCUUGCUCAACGCCCUCCCACGCAGCGAACAAGCACCACCUUCAUAGAACGAAUCAGUGCAGAUGAUGAUUAGUUCGGUCUCGUUCACCAAAACAAUUCGUUCAAAAAGAACGAAUCGUUCGCGACCGAUACAACACUACACGGAAGAGACUCAUGCAGAGCUGGACUCACGCAGCGACCCACUGUCUUCUUCGAUUCUCACGUGUCCGGCCGAGAAGUGCCGUUUUCGGCUUGGGAUCGUCACGACCACCGCCCUCACCUACGGUUCUACCUCGGCCGCCGAGAAUGCGCUUUUUUCGGGCCGUUUGCCUUUGACUUUUAAUAUAGUGGGAAAUGAGGAAAGACCACUGUUUACUGAGUCUAAAAAUGAUUAUAGCGGAGAAGCCAAAUCAGUUAAGACGCCACUUAAAGACAUUCGACCUCAAUCUCAUUGAUAAGCCGCUUGAUUGUUUUUCAGCGAAAAUGUGCCGAAUAUUGCCAAUUGUCACAAUCGUCCCGCUUUGUCAGUGUUAUAUCAGUAAACCAGUGAGCACUGUGGUGAAUCAGCGAAAAUAAAAACUUUCCUUUUGUCCAAAGACUUUUUUUCCCCCCUUCUAUUCAGUUGUUUUUCGGUCAAAUUUUUUGGCACGUUGUCCUGAAGAGUAAAUGUUUCUAAUCAAUUUGAAUUUGUUAUUAUUUACUGAUUUUAUUACAUUUUAUUUUUCAGUAUCAAAUGGUCAAAAAUGUACCUUGAGUGUAUUUUUACAGUUUGGAUGUGACUUUUUUUUUUUUUUUUUUAACUUCAGGCAAAUUGAUGCACGUUAAGUCUUUUCUGUUACAAGCAACACAAUGUUAAAAAAGUUAUACUUUAUUAUAAGUUGAUCUAUGUUACUUUUUUUCUUUAAUAGAAAAAAAGGACACAAUGUUAGGCUGAGGCGUACUUAUAAUAGUAAUAUAGACGAAUGAUACUAUUUACAGU